UAGGCGAGAACCUGUUGACUUCUCCUGAUUCUUCUCCCGGACAAUGUCGGAAUCGGAGGCAAGUGGCCAUGUGCAGACGAUCCAGCAAAGAACUUCCAGUCCAGCACAUUCCUCAUCUACAGAUGACGAGCCAUCAUCUCCGGGCAGCACUUUGGGGGGCCAUUCCCCAGAAGCACCCCCUCGAGACUCCCCCCUGGCCGGUUCAUCUGUGCAUCCCCCUCACUGUCCAGCCGUGUCCGUGCACAGCUUCUACCCCUCCCACCCUCCUCGACUAACGGGGGGCACUCCCCCCGACGUCCUGGGUCACACCCCUGCCAAGCGGAUCUCCCCAGGACUGACGUGCGUGGUGUGCGGCGAUACCUCGAGUGGGAAGCACUACGGCAUUCUAGCCUGCAACGGAUGCAGCGGAUUCUUCAAAAGAAGCGUCAGGAGGAAACUCAUCUACAGGUGCCAAGCCGGAACGGGAAACUGCGUUGUAGACAAAGCACACAGAAACCAGUGUCAGGCUUGCAGGUUGAAGAAGUGUUUGCAAAUGGGCAUGAAUAAAGAUGCGGUGCAGAACGAGCGUCAGCCCCGGAACACGGCAACAAUCCGACCGGAGAGUCUGUCCGAGAUGGAGUCGGAGCGGUUGCUGCGGGACGGCGUGGCCGCCACCGUGGCGGCGGUCGGCGUUUAUCCUCAGCCGCACCGCGUCCACCACCUGCUGGCGGAUGCCGCCGCACGCACCAAGAUCGAGAGAGAUCACGAGCACAAGGAAGCUCUAGACAGCCACAUGGCAGAGAUGUCCCGCGAGGAGAUGAUGGAGCAGAGACAGGGGAGUAUUCAGAUGGUGGGACCGAGCGGCCCUGCAGUGAGUUACGGGGGUGUAAGCCCGCAGGAAGUGGGGCCCGUCUUCAGCUGCCCGCCCCCUGGACAGGAGACGAUCUACGAAACUUCUGCGAGGCUGCUUUUCAUGGCUGUCAAGUGGGCCAAGAACCUGCCUUCCUUCGCCAACCUUCCUUUCCGAGAUCAGGUGAUUUUGCUGGAGGAAGCUUGGUCUGAACUGUUUCUGCUUUGUGCCAUUCAGUGGUGCAUGCCCCUCGAUUCGAGUCCCCUCUUCACCCCCACAGAACACCUGAACGCGGGACUUCCGAAUGGAAAGGCUGCGCUGACCCUGGCCGACGUGCGCACCUUGCAGGAGACUUUGGCAAGGUUCAAAUCAGUCGGUGUGGAUCCUGCAGAGUUUGCUUGUCUCAAGGCUAUCGCUCUCUUCAAAGCUGAUGCUCGAGGUCUGAAAGACGCUCAUCAAGUUGAAGGUUUACAGGACCAGGCGCAAUUGAUGCUUCAGCAGCAUGUUAAAACUCAGCAUCCUACGCAUCCUUUCCGAUUUGGAAGAUUACUGCUGAUGCUUCCAUCUCUGCGCUAUGUACCAUCGGAUCGUGUGGAGGGGAUGUUUUUUCACCGAACCAUUGGAAACACCUCUAUGGAGAAGCUUCUGUGUGACAUGUUCAAAUGCUGAAUUCAGAAGGGAAGUUUGAAUAUUCGAGUGGCAUUCACUAGACGCACAAAACUUACCUACACGUAGUUUCCAUAUUUACGAAGGCUUCAUCUAGUCGUGUUUUUUUUCAGCUUUUCGAAAUAUAUUUAAUCAUAAAAAUUGUGAAGUGGCCAUCAACAUUUAAAAAGAACUCCGAAGAGAAAACACUGAUUCAACAGCAAGAAAAGUCAUGGCACAAUAAUUGAAAAGUGUUAAUAAAGGGAGAUAAGUAUUUAAAGAUGAUAAGCGGAAGAAUGUACUAAGAUCAAAGAGAAAAGAAACGAAUAUCAUGGUAUAAUUUGACGGCAGAAUAAUAAUAAUUAUAACUUAACCUUUUAAGGAGAUUUAAAUUUGUAGUAGUUUCAAAACUCUAAUAGGAGAAAUAAAAAAAAUUAGUUAAAAGUAUUCCGUAUUGAAAUUUUUAAUAAAUAAAUGAAAUGAAACGGAAUUAAAAAAAAAACAAGUAACUUAAUUUUACAGUAAAUUUAG